AUGGCGUCAUGGCGUCAGCCCAGUGAGCGCUACGCCUGCGCCCCAAGGCCUCUGGCCGGGACCCUGGGAGCCGAAGGACGAGGCCAGCAGAGAGACCGAGAGAGGGAAGGGCGAGGGAGGCGGCAGAAGGAAAAAAAAAGGCCGGGGGUGGGGCGGGGAGGGGAACUAGAAGGGCUUCGCGUGCAGGGCGGGGUAGGCUGGACGAAAGCUCCAGGUGCAAGGUGGCCAAGUGGCGGUCACAGCGUUGCAGAGAUACAGAUCUUCAUGAAAACCCUGACGGGCAAGACCAUCACACUUGAGGUCGAACCAAGUGAUACUAUCAAGAAUGUCAAAGCCAAAAUCCAGGACAAGGAAGAUAUCCCACCAGAUCAACAAUGUCUGAUUUUUGCUGGAAAACAGCUAGAAGAUGGCCGAACUCUCUCUGACUACAACAUUCAGAAAGAGUCCACUCUGCACUUGGUGCUGCGUCUUCAAGGGGGCAUCAUUGAGCCUUCCCUUCGCCAGCUGGCCCAGAAGUACAACUGUGACAAGAUGAUCUGCUGCAAGUGUUAUGCCCGCCUGCACCCCAGCUCUGUAAACUGUUGUAAGAAGAAGUGCGGCCACACCAACAAUCUGCACCCUAAGAAGAAGGCCAAAUAA